AUGCUCUCCCUGAUGAUGGAAAAGGAUUUCUCCACGAGUUUCACCUUACCAGCUGCUUCAACAGACUCGUCAGAGCUAUCUAAUGAAAAGUUCGCUGAACUGCCUACCGAAAACACCACAUCAACCAAAUCCAUCAGCGAUGAAGAACAACCUGAAGCGGAUUUGAAGGACAAUUCACCAUACAAUCAAUCUGAUGACCACAAACCAUCAUUCAACUACGAUUUGGAAGUCUUUAACCUAUGUAAGGAAUACUUGAACACCAAAAAUCACCACGGAUUAGCUUUAAUUGCUAGACAAAAGGGAAUUCCACCAUUUCUUCGAUUCAAAGUUUGGCCAAUUUUGUUGAAAUAUCACCCAUUUGUGUUGGAUCCAUUUAUACAACCAGAUAACGAAAUCAUCAACGAAACAAGCGAUGUCGAAAGCACCUCGAGUAAAGAAACAUCGUCGUCGUCAUCAAAAGGGUAUCUAAGCCAGUCUGAAAGUGAUUAUGAAGUCCGAUCGGAGAGCCGUAAAGAAUCAGAUGCUAGCACAGAGAUUGAAAAGAAGAUCAAAAAGGACAUUGCUAGGUAUAUUCAACGCCUUUAUUACUUGAAAUCUCACGAUUUGACACCAGUCGAGAAAGAAAUUAUCCAAACAUUGGAAAGUGCAGUACUCAAAUUUACCCUUAAAUGGUCCAAAAUUAUCAAGUAUGACACCUCUCUUUCAUGGAUGGCUUUGAAUUUGGCCGAGUGGUUCCCGCCAAUACCGAAAACACCAUGGGUUUUAGUCGGAAGGGAUCAGUCACAAAAGGGGUCCUCUUUGAUUGCCAGUGUUGUUGACGAUUAUUCAAACUAUAUUGAUCAUAUCCCAGGGUUGGACAACUAUCUUGAUGAGUUGAUAUACAAGAAUGAAACCAUUUCAAACAUGAAAUUUCAAGAUGUGUAUGAGAGAUUGGUGUUGGUCUUGUUGCAUUGUCCUGAACCUGAAUCAAAAGUGGGCACAGAAACAGAAACAGCUCCUAACAAGAAUGACCAAAAAGAUGAGAGAAAACAAUCCAAAAUGAACAAGACGACAUUACCGAUUACUGGAGGCACAAUAGAACAAAGAGUUUCCUUCUUUAUCUUUUGUUUGCGCAAGUUGCUUCCUGAGCUUGCGCAGCAUUUCCAUGAGGAACAAAUUUUGACCAAAUUUGGUUGUCUGGAUGAUGAAUGGUUGAUAUGGUGGCUCAAAUUUUGUGGCACCAAAGUGUGGUCCAAACAUGACCGGGGCCGAAUUUGGGAUUUCCUUUUAGGUUGGAGACUUAAGAAUCCCAAGCGGAGUUUCAACUAUUACUAUGAGAAACUAAACUAUGUUAACAGAAACACAUUGCAGAAAUUGGGCCCCGAUGUAUUUUGGACAGUUGGAUCUUCUGAAAAUGAGCAAACAUCAACCAUUGAUCUAAGAAGAAACUCGUUCAGGGAUUUAAUUAACGAAUUGAACAAUGAGCUUCACAUUUCAAAAUCAGAUUUUCUACUGACAUCAGCGACUCCGUUGUCGGCCAAUGAGUCCAAGGAGAAUGUUAGUGGCCCCAAUCUAUCUAUUCCAUUUUCAAGAAUUGACCCUCACAUUGCAUUGAUAUUUAUUUCGAUAUCUUUACUCAAAUCGAAAGAGAACACCUUGGUUGAACUUGAUCAACAUGAGAUUAGGCAGUUUCUUUCGAGACUUCCGUCAAAGUCUUACAAGUACAAUCAAAAAUCGAGAAAACGAUCAAGCCAAACUUUUAAUUCGUCUUCAAAUUCGCGAACCGCAUCUCCACCUUUGCUGCCUAAUGAAGAAGCACCAACUAGUAACAUCAUUAUAUCGAAUGAUAUGCGAAACGAUAAACACAAGAUUAAUUUUAUUGAUAAUAUCAUAUCGGAGGCUGGCGAGUUGUGGCGGAAAUGGCUAUGGUCUGAGUUUGUAGAGGAUAGUUGA